GUCACGGAGGCCAAGUCAAAGCUGGAGGCAGCUUCUGGAGAUGCACUCUGGUGGCAGCAGGGCGGAAACGCUGCGAACGUGGCUUCGAUGCUGCGGGAUCAUGGCUUCGUGGUGCUCGAUAACUUCCUGCCACCGGAUCUUGCCAAAGCGCUUGCAGAUUCCGCACAGGAGGCCUACAGCCAGAACCAAAUGGGUUCAGGCGUUCUGAGCACAGGCGGCGGCUUCGCUCGUGGUGAUGCUGUUCUUUGG